AUGACAUUGUAUUCAUUUUUGCUACUCUUUCUACUGUGGGUAUGCCUUCCAAAUUUCUGUUGUCCAGAGAUACUCUUCAGAAGGACUUCUGUGCCCCAACAAAGAAUUUUAGGCACACGUGUAUCAAGGACUGAUGGCAAAAUUCUGCAUCGUCAAAAACGUGGUUGGAUGUGGAAUCAAUUUUUCUUACUGGAGGAAUAUACAGGAUCUGAUUACCAAUAUGUAGGCAAGCUUCAUUCAGACCAAGAUAAAGGAGAUGGAUCUCUCAAGUAUAUUUUAUCUGGAGAUGGAGCUGGUACUCUUUUUAUUAUUGAUGAAAAAACAGGUGACAUCCACGCCACAAGAAGAAUUGAUCGGGAGGAAAAGGCCUUUUACACUCUGCGUGCACAAGCUAUUAACAGAAGAACUUUGAGGCCAGUAGAACCAGAGUCUGAAUUUGUGAUAAAAAUCCAUGAUAUCAAUGACAAUGAGCCUACAUUCCCAGAGGAAAUUUAUACAGCCACUGUUCCUGAAAUGUCUGUUGUAGGUACUUCGGUGGUGCAAGUCACAGCUACAGAUGCCGAUGACCCUUCAUAUGGGAACAGUGCCAGAGUCAUUUACAGCAUACUGCAAGGCCAGCCUUACUUCUCUGUGGAACCUGAAACAGGCAUCAUCAGGACUGCUUUGCCAAACAUGAACAGAGAAAACAGAGAGCAAUAUCAAGUUGUCAUUCAGGCCAAAGACAUGGGUGGCCAAAUGGGUGGCUUAUCAGGGACCACCACAGUGAACAUCACACUGACAGACGUCAAUGACAAUCCACCUCGCUUCCCCCAGAACACCAUCCAUCUUCGAGUCCUUGAAUCCUCCCCAGUUGGCACAGCCAUUGGAAGUGUAAAAGCAACUGAUGCUGACACUGGAAAAAAUGCUGAAGUAGAAUACCGGAUUAUAGAUGGUGAUGGGACUGAUAUGUUUGACAUCAUAACUGAGAAGGACACACAGGAAGGGAUCAUUACUGUGAAAAAGCCUCUUGAUUAUGAAAGCCGAAGACUUUAUACACUAAAGGUUGAAGCAGAAAAUACUCACGUUGAUCCACGUUUUUAUUAUCUUGGACCUUUUAAAGAUACUACGAUUGUGAAAAUUUCCAUCGAAGAUGUAGAUGAACCUCCUGUUUUUAGCAGAUCCUCCUAUCUGUUUGAGGUUCAUGAAGAUAUUGAAGUGGGUACAAUCAUUGGUACUGUAAUGGCAAGAGACCCAGAUUCUACUUCCAGCCCCAUUAGAUUUUCAUUGGAUCGCCAUACUGACCUUGACAGGAUCUUUAACAUACAUUCUGGAAAUGGAUCCCUUUAUACAUCAAAGCCACUGGAUCGUGAACUCUCUCAAUGGCACAAUCUCACAGUUAUUGCAGCUGAAAUUAACAAUCCCAAAGAGAUGACUCGUGUGGCUGUUUUUGUGAGAAUUUUGGACGUCAAUGACAAUGCCCCACAGUUUGCUGUGUUCUAUGAUACUUUCGUAUGUGAAAAUGCCCGACCAGGACAGCUAAUACAGACUAUAAGUGCAGUAGACAAAGAUGACCCUUUAGGCGGACAGAAAUUUUUCUUCAGCUUAGCAGCUGUCAAUCCGAACUUCACAGUACAGGAUAAUGAAGAUAAUACUGCCAGAAUUUUAACCCGAAAAAAUGGAUUCAAUAGGCAUGAAAUUAGUACUUAUCUCCUGCCUGUGGUGAUAUCAGACAACGAUUACCCAAUCCAGAGCAGCACCGGCACGCUGACCAUACGCGUGUGUGCGUGUGAUGGCCAAGGCAACAUGCAAUCCUGCAGCGCGGAAGCCCUGCUGCUCCCAGCAGGCCUCAGCACGGGGGCCUUGAUUGCCAUUCUCCUCUGCAUCAUCAUACUACUGGUUAUAGUAGUACUGUUUGCAGCUCUGAAACGACAGCGGAAAAAAGAGCCUCUGAUCUUAUCUAAAGAAGAUAUCAGAGACAACAUUGUGAGCUAUAAUGAUGAAGGGGGUGGAGAGGAGGACACCCAGGCCUUUGAUAUUGGCACCCUAAGGAAUCCUGCGUCUAUUGAGGAAAAGAAGCUCCGGCGAGAUAUUAUUCCAGAGACUUUAUUUAUCCCACGAAGGACUCCUACCGCUCCAGAUAACACAGAUGUUCGGGAUUUCAUUAAUGAAAGGCUAAAGGAGCAUGAUCUUGACCCUACCGCCCCUCCCUACGACUCACUGGCAACCUAUGCCUAUGAAGGGAAUGAUUCCGUCGCUGAAUCUCUGAGUUCAUUAGAAUCAGGUACUACUGAAGGAGACCAAAACUACGAUUACCUCCGAGAAUGGGGCCCUCGUUUUAAUAAGCUAGCAGAAAUGUAUGGAGGCGGAGAAAGUGACAAAGACUGUUAA